AUGGUGCCUAAACUCGAGUACAGAUUCAAUUACAGUGAUGAUAAUAUCGAAGGUGUUUGUAGAUUUAUUGACAAGUCAAUGGAACUUAACAAGGCACCUGUAUUAGAAACCUUCCGUUUCCAUCUCGCUUUACGUAUCCAUCUCGAUAAUCGAAAGGUUGAUGCCAGCAAGUGGUUUGAAAACGCAGUUGAUCGCCAUGUGCGGGUACUAGAGCUCAAGCUACUUAACUGCACAGUGCUUACCAAGUUGCCUGAGAGUAUUUACACCAGCAAAACGCUUGUGGAAUUGACUGUCUCUAACAGUAUUUUUGUGGAUGUUCCUUCCUCGGCUUAUCUCCCGUCUCUCAAAAAGCUGUUGCUCGUUUUGGUGAGGUUCAAAGAUGAAGAUUCUCUUGUUAGGCUUUUAUCGAGUUGCUCUGUUCUUGCUCGAUCAACCAUUCGCCUCAUCAUCGUUUAUAACUGGAAACACACUUUAUCGAUCAAGAAACUGCGACUUCCUUUUAUUCGUAAUGUGGAUUUUAGUGGCAUUACCUUCUCUCGGCUUGAACGGUUUAAGCUGAUUACAAGUUCCAAAGGCUGGUCGAGUCUACUUCUACUAGUUCUCAAUAACUCUCCUAAGCUACGGUUUCUCCAUAUCCAUUCCUGUUGUUUUGACAAGUCAAUGGAACUUAACAAGGCACCUGUAUUAGAAACUUUGCGUAUCCUACUAAGUGAGAAAUGUCCUAUUGCUGUAGAUGUUGGAACAUGGGUUUCAAAGGCAGUUGAUAGCUUGGUGCGCAAGCUAGAGCUUGCGAUGAGGAAGAACUCGUGA